CUACCGCUUAUUCGUUUUUUUGCCUACUUUAGUCUUACUUCACCCUUGCUUCCUACCCUAUCCAUAUGUCAUGAUGCGAUUUGUAUUACUCCCUAGUAACUGACUAUACUAUAUCAUAUAUGCACCUCAUCCUUCCCGUCAUUCCCUCCCCUCCACUCCGCCUCCCUUGAUUCCUCUAGCUCCAUUGGAACCUUUCGUAUAAACCGAAACCCUACUAGUACACACGCACAUACACACACCGCCCCGUUGCUUGCACACACACACACACACAUGUAUAUAUGCCCUCGUCUACCCGCUAUAUACUAUGUCUUAUCCCACAUUGACAGUUCGACUUGAUGUUUGGAACUCGAGUAUAUCUUUGGGGUCGACGAUAAUAUUUGCCAACAAUAUUUACUAACGUACAUUAUAUAGCGAGCGAAGGUUGCGGUGGUACUUGGAGACGCGCACGUCAAGCCGCCGUCAUGGCCGCUAAGAAGGAGGUGUCUAGCCGACAGGAAUUUGGCGAGAUGGGGAAGGCAUCUUGGGAGACCACGAGGUAUGCUCGAGAGAAAGAAGAUGCACAGCGACAACAGGACUACGCCGCUCAGCAAGAUAGCCUACGAACACAACUCGUGCAACUAUAUGAUAAAAAGGCACAUCUUAAUCACGAACUACAAGUUGUCAACUUUAGCAUUCAGCAGUACGAGCACCAGCAAGAGAAAUUAGCUCACGAAUUCGAAGAAAGCAAUGCUCGAAUCUUAGCACAGCGUCAGGAGGCUGAUCGACUGCAAGAGGAAUGGUUUGCGCGCUCACGCGAGGAUCCAGCGCAAAAGGAGAAUGCCCGACCUAAGAGCAGUAGCAAUCGCCGUCAAUCUAAUCGCGACGCGCCUCCACAGACUAACGGUUUUGGUUGGACGAGUAUAAACGGUUCACGACGACGAAGUCGCAAGGAGGAGGAAGAGGAGCCUCCUGCCGAUCCAGGAAAUCUGAUGAGUAGUAUUUAUCACAAUCCUGUCGAGGAGUCUGACACCCUUAACGGUAGAGCUAUGCCUCUGCGUAGUGGCGGCGGUCACCGUGCCCGGCCUGGUCCAAUCCCGAAUGGUGUUGCAAAUGAGAUGGAGUCAGGUGUUGGCGAGGGCCCUCUGGCAGGCCGCCCUAGAGAUAGGCCCCUGAAGCCUAAGCAGCGACACAGCUUACCCAGUUUCCCAGCAGCUCGUUCACCAAAACCACUUGGGUCCGAACCGCCUUGCGAAGUUAAGCCUUCUAAAUCCCCGUCAGGACGAAGAUCUUUGCCCAGUGCCAAGGGUUCUGUACCGCCCUCGGAAACCCCAGCACCAGAGACCAACGACGUUCGAGACAUUAGCCGUGAGAAUUUAGUUCUUAAGAAUGAUGGUAAGAUGAUGGUCGAACCAGCGAUGUUCGCCGGGAUUCCUUUAGAACGAAUCGACAAGGGCCACCCCUAUUGGGAAUCAGAAUGGGAACCAUUAGAAGAUAUCAUCGAACCACAGUUGAACAAGUGGAAAGAAAAGCUAGAACAACUACGACGAACGCCCGAUGCCAUACGCCAUACCGUUUUCCUUGCCAAUCGUCAGGUCAAUCGUGGCCAAUCCGUUAUCGACUUCCUCAAAGAUGGCGAUUGGCACCCGUACCAAUUCGUGAAUAAGGAGGUGAUGAACAAGUUCUACAAGACGUUUAUAAACUAUGACACUAUGUUUCGAUUAGUUAACGUCCAUGAGGAACUUAAGAAAUUCGACCUUGAAGUAACACCUCUAGAAUGGCUACGUCAACGCAUGUAUGAUCUCGCGAGUAUGCAGGGGGACAAGUUCAACCUCUCUAAGAAGACACAUGAUCUAUACCACGACGCCAAUCUAAAGCUUCUGAGGGAGAAGCAUGGGUACGGCAACAUAGGAAGGCCAUCCGGGUAUAAGCUACGGGACAAGGAUCCAGAAAAGACGGCAGCCAAGAAGAUCAAGCAAGAGUCAACAGGUUCGGUACGACGCAAAGCCCGCCGAUCUAUUGGGCAAGUCGACACGGAUGAUACGCCAAGUGUGGAGGAUAUGCAGAAAGGACUCGAUCAGCCACCGGCGGAAUUCCUAGAGCCUGUGACACCUCGAUUGCAGAAGCGCAUACGUUUAGAACCAGCACCCCCCAAAGAAGAACCUGAGGAAGAUAAGUUGGAAUACGAUGGUUGGACAUCAACUGAUUCAUUCUCGGCCGGGCGAAUAAUGCACCUCGAUUGGCGCGUGUAUCAGAUCAAGACGAAAGACCUAACUACUAGCACAGAGGUAACCCAGUACUGGACUUGGAAGGCAGAUAAAAAUAAAUUCGAACACCAAGUACUUCGAGAUGUCCACCCGAAGGUGACUUGGGGGUACUACCAGAAGCCCAUCAACUUUGAUCUCUCGUUAGAAGAGAUUAAAGAAAUUCGGUACGCGCCAGACAGCCAGAAGAUUCUCGUAGUUGUCGCCGACGAAAAGCGUGGUAACGUUUUCGCUCACUUCAAGCGUGAGCGAACCAAGACAAGAUUCCUCUCAUUUGCCAAGAAGAAGGGUAUUAAGUUGGUAAAGAGCUCUCAGGUUGUAAUGGAAGAUUCGUGGGAUAAUAUGGUGUCGAACACACUACCGAACGAGGAUUCCGAUACGUGAAUUCGUUACUUGGACGUACUCACCGUUCAUCCACCAACCAUGUCUUCGAUUUGUUUCUCUUCACGUUACGAUUUAUGUUACCGACCUGGACGCCGGGAACUUCUACACAGUACGAAGAUAUUUAAUAUAGGGCCACCGCAAGGAAUCUGGAAAGGUUUCAUUGUUCCUCUCGUCUCACAUUUUCUGUUUUAUAAUGAUCUGUUUCUUUUUACUCGUCCGGGCAUCAGCAUGGAUGAAUUGGCAAGGAUAGGAAAAUCGGCCGGACGAAUGGAUGGACUUUCUAAGUGUGGCAAGGUGGGACAAGUACAUACGACUUCGGCUAAUUAAGAGAUCAGGUAUCUGAGAGAAAGAUAUAUAGGAGGGACUAAGAAGAGGGGAGGAUAGGAAAAGAAGUACAGGGCGGCAAUACCCAUCUUCUCAUAUAUCCCUCUCUAUAUUUGCACGGAGGAAGUGGUUUGAUCUCGCCCACUCCGUUGCGUGUUAACACUAUUGACCUCUCUUACGCGAGAGAGGAUGUACGAGUACUACUAUAUUUGUACUGUAUAGGGCAGGUGAUGAGGGCAAAAGGCAGCAUUGCGAAAAACUGCAUAAAGGGAAUGCGUUGUUUUUUUCGGAUGUUUUCAACUCCACCAAGAUACCUACUCUGUACCUACUACUUAAUGAAUGAUCAAGGGUUCCUUUUAA